AUGAAAUCAUAUCAAGUCUAUCAAGCAUAUGAUGUAGCGAUAGACUUGUACACGAAAGCCAUAGAACUGGAUGGCUCAGUGGCCGUGUUGUACGGAAACAGAAGCAUGGCAUAUCUGAAGAAGGAGUUAUAUGGGAGUGCUUUGGAAGAUGCGGCUUGCGCACUCAAACUUGAUCCAUCCUAUAUCAAGGGAUACUAUCGACGUGCUACGGCCAACAUGGCACUAGGCAAAUUCAAACUGGCCUUAAAAGAUUAUGAUGCGGUACGUAAAGCAAGACCAUCGGAUAAGGAUGCAAUGCGAAAAUAUGAAGAAUGUCAUAAGAUUAUCCGACGAAGAGCAUUCGAAAAAGCCAUCUCGAUGGACCACGAUCAGAGGAGUAUUGCGGAUUCGAUCAAUAUUGAAACGAUUGAAGUUGAGUCAUCGUACGAUGGACCGACGUUGGAGGACGAAAUCAGUGCCGAAUUUAUGGUUCAGUUGAUCAAAACGUUCAAAGCACAAAAGAAAUUACACAAGAAAUACGCCUAUAAAAUAUUAUUAGCAAUCCGAAAAAUGUUCGGUGAUUUACCAACGAUGGUGGAAAUUGAUGUGCCGACGGGUCAAAAGUUCACGAUUUGUGGUGAUGUGCACGGUCAAUUCUAUGAUCUUUGCAAUAUUUUCGACUUGAACGGUCUUCCAUCCGAGCAAAAUCCAUACCUCUUCAACGGUGAUUUCGUGGAUCGAGGCUCGUUCUCGGUUGAGACAAUCUUCACGUUGUUCGGCUUCAGACUACUCUAUCCGAAUCACUUCUUUAUGUCUCGAGGUAAUCAUGAAAGUGAAGUGAUGAAUAAAAUGUAUGGAUUCGAGGGUGAAGUGAGGAGUAAGUAUACCUCACAAAUGGCCGAUUUCUUCACCGAAAUAUUCAACCAUUUGCCACUCUGUCAUCUCAUCAAUAGGAAAAUAUUCGUUUGUCACGGUGGUUUAUUCAAAGACGACAACACAACGCUAGAUGAAAUUCGGACUACGAAUAGGGUUCGUCAACCGCCCGAUGAAGGGAUUAUGUGCGACUUAUUAUGGUCAGAUCCACAAGAGUUUGCCGGUCGAUCUCCGUCAAAACGUGGUGUGGGCUGUCAAUUCGGACCGGAUGUCAGUGACGAUUUUUGUAAACGUAACAAUCUGCAGUAUGUCGUUAGGAGUCAUGAAGUGAAACCGGAUGGAUAUGAAAUACAUCAUAGUGGAAAGUGUGUGACUGUGUUUAGUGCACCAAAUUAUUGUGAUACAAUGGGUAAUAAAGGUGCAUUUAUCACAAUAAAAGGAGGCGAUUUGAAGCCUCGAUUCACAUCGUUCAGUGCCGUUGAGCAUCCCAGUGUAAGGCCAAUGGCAUAUGCGAGUAGUUUGUUUGGAUUUGCAUAG